AUGCUAGCAAGGCAGGCGGAAGACGAGCUAGCAGCAACGGUUUCCUGGGGAGAUCAGAUGAAGAAGGCCAACGAGGCUCCGACCAAAAAGACCACGCGCCAAAACUUCCGAAUUAACGCUCUCAACACAUCGGUGAAGCAACUACGGCAAUCCCUCGCCGUCGUCGAGAGCACCCGCAAGCCGUUCGAUCCAGCUGAGUUGCAGCAGAUCGUAGAGGAGGGGGUCAAGGAUAACCUACGGCCGCGACAAGUACCCGAAGAAAGUGAGCAGGAGAGCAAGGAGAAAGGCGAGCCGGGGGCAGAGACCAAAGAAGGAGAGCAGAAGAACAAACUCGGAAGGCGAAAAUACGGCCUCGCGUCGGCUCGAUUGGUGGAAAAAAUGAUUCAAGCCGGCACUCCGCUGGUCCAGGUGGCGCCCCUGAUCAUAGGGACGGUCAAGACGGCCUAUGGAAUCGAGCUAGAUGGCAAGACCAAGUUCACCGGAACCACGGCGAAGAGGCACGUGCGCUCGGUAUUUUACAUCUCGAUAAAGCUGAGCUCAUCAGAGUCAUUUUGGCAGCUCCGCACCUUUUGA